CAAUUCGAUUAGCCAAAAAUCGACCUACGCAUCCCUAUAGUAAAGUAAACAUCGUAAAUUGCUAAAAUUACAUCGUUUGUUUCGUAGCAUAUAAGUUUUUUAUUCUUUUUAUUUCACUUUUCCAAAAUGGCUGAACAGCAACAUUCUACAGACUUGUUAGGAGUACCGUGUAAAGAUGAAUAUAGUGGAUCCACCAUGAUGGAUCAAGAUACGAGUAGUAUAGAUAACAGAGGCGAAGGGCAAAAGCACUACUCACGCUGUAGCAGUGCUGGGAGUAUACAUACGCCAAAUUCAUCGCCCCACAAUACAGAUGAUGACGACGACAGUGGCGAUAACUGUAGUGGUCGUGGGGGUUCUAAUGCCUCCGCCUUGAGUUACAAAGAACGUCGACGAGAGGCACACACACAAGCAGAACAAAAACGUCGCGAUGCCAUCAAGAAAGGUUAUGAUAGUUUGCAGGAACUUGUGCCCACAUGCCAACAGCAUGAUUCCGCAUCGGGUUACAAAUUGAGUAAAGCGUUGAUUUUGCAAAAAUCCAUCGACUACAUUGGCUACCUGAAUCAGCAAAAAAAGAAACAAGAAGAAGACAGUGCUGCCCUGCAAAAAGAGGUGACAGCACUGAGAAUUAUACAAAACAGUUAUGAGCACAUGCUACAACAUCAACAGGCAAAUCCUGGUCCAGAAGAAGCCCGUCUAACUGAUGAAGCCAAAUUUCAAGUGUUUCAAGCUGUAAUGGAUGAAAUGUUUGAAACCUUUCAAAACAUACCUAUGGAUAAUUUCAAACAAUUGACGACUGGCGUGAUUCCUUGGUUGGAAGAACACUGUAAACCCCAUAUACUUAGAAAUAUUCUAAGUAGAACGUUACAAGAAAUGUCUAUACAACAACAACAGCAGCAACAACAACGUAUGAGCGUAGAUCAACAAGACAACGAUGGUUUCAGUUGAUAGCAACUAUUACGUAAUAUAAGAUUAUAUUACUUUUGUUGUCUAUAUCUUAUUCAAUAUAUUUUCGUAAUGUUUAAGGAAGAUAUUUGGUUUUUAGUUAUUUUUUUUAUAAGUAAAUGGAUAAAAAGAAUUAAAUGAAAAAUGUGAUAAAAAAAUAAAAA